ACACACACAAAAAUAAUGCUCUGUCGUUCAAUUUUGUUUUUUUAUUUCAAAAUAAAAUUUAAAUAAAACAAUGUUUUUUUUGUAUUUAAAUGACCAUUGAUGAAAAUACAUUUGAAUGAGCCAAACAUACACUGACUGACCUUGAGCUCCACAAGACAAUUUUUCUCACAUUUUUUCCAAUUUUUUGUUUAAUUUGAUUGUGCGGCAGGCUACUAAAAAGAAUGAACCGCUAGCCACAAAUGUACAGUUAGAAAACACGAGAGCACCUGGGUUUUCGUUCCAAAAGGUUUGCGGGAAAAAACAUUGCAAGAAAAACUGCUAAAUUGUUCCUUUAAGAAAUAAAGUCAAUCCAAUGAAUGAGUUACGGACGCACAAACAAGUAAUAAUUUUGCUGAAACGUUGAGCUGCGUGGCGCACUUUGGAGAGCAGUCCUUCCUUCUUCUGCUCGGCCACACUUUUGCAGGAUGAAGUGAAUUGUUCACUUAGCACGUAGCGCCAACACACUCCAUGUUUGUGCCACACUCCAUGUUUGUGAGCUCGCUCUUUACUCAGUCGCUGCGGUGCCUGGCCAGGGCGUCCAUAUUUGUUUAAAAGUCUCUUAGCAGUUAAUAAAGAUGCAUUUCCUCCGUCCCUCUUCCUGUGGGGACGCUAUCAAGGCUCUGUUAAGUUUCUUUGAUUUCUGCCAGCCUCCAAUCACAGCCGCUCAUUGUGUCACUUCAAAGCCUGGGAAUGGCCGUCUUGACCCCGCCCACUGCAACACACCCUUAAAAGUCCCGCUGGUCCCGAAGCCGGGGACUGGAGGGAGCUGACAUCUCACUGGGAUUCUUUACGCCACACUGGAUACCACCUCUUGUUGGACUUUUUAUUCCGUCUGAAGAAUGCAGUCCAUCAGAGACUUGAAGAGCAACUUCAGCGGACCUCCUCCUUCCUCCGCCUCGGCGUCGGGCGGCGAUGCUUAUCUCCAAGGCAACAUCCGCAUGACUCUGGAGGACCCUGACCUGUGGAGAGCCUUCCACCAAAUCGGAACCGAGAUGAUCAUCACAAAACCCGGCAGGAGAAUGUUCCCGCACUGCAAGGUGAAUCUCUCGGGUCUGAUUCCGUGUGCCAAGUACAUUCUGCUGGUGGACAUGGUUCCACAGGACGGCUUCAGAUACAAGUGGAAUAAAGAGAAAUGGGAGGUGGCGGGAAAAGCGGAGCCUCAGCCGCCCUGCAGGACGUACCUGCACCCCGACUCUCCGGCCCCCGGGAGCCACUGGAUGAAGCAAUCCAUCUCCUUCCUCAAGCUCAAGCUCACCAACAACACGCUGGACCAACACGGCCACAUUAUUCUGCACUCCAUGCACUGCUACCAACCGCGCUUCCACAUCGUCCAGGCCGAUGACCUGUUCAGCGUCCGCUGGGGCGUUUUCCAGACCUUCACCUUCCCAGAGACCAGCUUCACAGCGGUCACCGCCUACCAGAACACAAAGAUCACUAAACUGAAGAUCGAUCACAACCCGUUCGCCAAAGGGUUCCGUGACGAGGGCACGACCAAGAAAAGGCGUGCAAACAAGAACCCCGGCGGUGUGGAAAAGCAAGCCAAGAUGUCCGACAUGAACAGAGACUCUGAAGAGGACAGUCCAUCAGACUUCUGCCGCUCCUCUUUUGAGGGCUACGAGGCAGACGAUGGCGAGCUGCGAAAAAGGAAGGUGGCAGACGACAUGAAGGAGGAGGUGAAGGAGGAGCGCUACUCGCCCUGGUCUGCAGAACCCGAGCACGCCGCCAAGAACUGCUCUCCUCCCGCCGCCGAGUCCCGGGAUCUUUACAGCGCCGAGCAGCUGGUUCCCGCUCCCGCUAACUACCAGCCUUACAGGGUCCACGAGUACGGAAAGUCCCCCUCCCCGUCCUCCAGCAGGACCAGCGGAACAGGACGCGGCAAUUUCGAGUCCAGGGUCCCCGACGUCGCCACGGUCCCCGAUCACGACUCGCCAAAGCCCCGCCCUCACGACGUGGCCCCCUCCCCCUGCGCCCCCCAGGACUACCCCGGGGUGCUCAACAUGACCAUGGCGCAAGCCGGCAAGCCGGGCGUCAUUGGCCACCACAUCUACGGCCCCUACGGCGCCGAGCAGCCCCUGACCCAGUGGAGCGGCCCCGGGCCGGCCCAGUACCCGCCUCCUCACCACAUGACCGCCGACUACACCACGCAAGCUGUGCAUCACGGCUAUCACCAUGGCAACGUGGCCGAGUGGAGCCAGUACCCGCUGUUCUCGUAUUCCUGCUGGUGAGGGCCCCUGAGGGACCUUCUCCGUGGUCGCUCCUUCACCUCACCGCCGCUGCUACAACACGUGUGCAAUGUCAUGCUGAGGAUUUAUUUCAUUGUGGAGUUGUCUAUUUAUUUUUCAUUUCAUUCCAUCCUCAAGCGAAUAUAUUAUUUUUGUAAAAAACUAACACAAAAAAACCACAAGUGUGCAAUGUUGUCCUGUCUUG